AUGAAACCCGAAUCAAUCAAGCAGCCGGCAAUGGACAACGAAGCUUUCGCGCAAUGGGUCAAAAACGUCAAACCCAUGUUUUUCGAGGGCGAAGGACAUCGCUGGGAUCUGAGCUUCGACGAGUCCAAGACGAUUGUCGACGUGGACAAGAGAAUAUUUGUCCUAUUUGGAAAGGCCGACAACGUUGGUUAUUUUGGACCAUAUAAGCAGGAGUAUAUCAUUACGAGUACCGCGAACGAGGACGGGACAAAAGUCGUCCAUCAAGAGGAAAUGGUCGAUAGUGCAGUCUUGGCCGAUGUACUACAACGAGCUGGACUGGUGCUGGAGGAUGGAUCUUUGAAGUCCAACUGAAGGAGAUCUACUCUUACACGACGUUUGUAUGAUUGUUGUAUCUAACAUUAGGAAUAUGGCUUCGGAUAGGUCAGGGGGAGUCUUUCUGCCUUGUAUUGGCCAGGGCUUGUGUCAGUCCUCAAUGGGACCUGACGGGAUGGUGAUGAUUCUCGAGAUUUCGGACGUACUCAAUUCACUUGAGUAUGUGCGCUCAUCUGAAGAAUGUUCGUUCGGCCUAUGAGAUUUCGUAGCCUGUGGCUGAU